AUGAUAGAGAAAAUCCAUAGAGAGCAAACAUUUAAGCGAAGACCGGUCAAAACAAUAGACGCAAAAACUUCAUUUUUCGAUCUCGUUGUUCCUAUCACUGGAGCUUCAAGCAAUCACUUCGAAGAGUUCCGAGCACACAUUUCAACUUUCGCAAAACUGUUUCCAGGUAUAAGAGUGAUUUUUUAUGACCUUGGAUUGACUCGUUCACAAGCAAAGUUCAUUUUGAAGAAUCUUCCCUUUGUGCAAUACAGAAUGUUUGACUUCAACGAAUAUCUACCGCAUGUUAGUACCCUGAUAAAUUACGCAUGGAAGCCGCUUAUAAUUCAAGAAAUUUUGGGAGAGUUUGAUGGAGCCAUGUGGUUUGAUUCAUCUAUCAAAUUUAAAGGGAAUAACACGCACGAAGUCCUACAACGUCUGACGUUUGGCUCGUCAGAGGUCGGGAUUUAUGUUCUUCAAGUAGGAAUAACUGGUCAUUCUAUAAUCGCCGCAACACACCCGGGAAUGAUGGAGUACGUACCCAUCAAAACAAAUGAUGCGGUCAAAGAUAUAUUCGAGGCAAAUUCGAUGAUUGUGAUUAACACACCUCAAGUACAAAAACACAUCAUGAAAUGGCUUGUAACUUGUGCGCUCGAAGAAGAUUGCAUCGCGCCCGUCGGUGCAAAACUAUACUGCGGCUUUAACUUUCCUAAGGAUAAGUUUGUAGGAUGCCACAGAUACGACCAAUCUUUAGUCAAUAUCUUGGUUUCAAAUGUUUACAGCUCUGACAGAAAUAGAUAUGUCUUCCGAGACUUUGCUGUAGUUGAACGUCUUUGA